AUGGAUUGUCGGGCUCACAUUCCUUCCAUCUUUCCUCACUGCGUAUGCCGGCGGGUGCGUGUAGAGCUCGCGCUGUCGCCUGCCGAGCGUACCGCCUUUGCCUACAUAUGGACCCUUGCCGACCCGCAGCAGACAGGCAUCGUUACUGGCGACGCUGCCGUCCAGUUCUUCUCCGCUUCCAAGCUCUCUGCGAGCGUCUUGGGCGAGAUCUGGUCGCUCGCAGACAGCGCCAACAAUGGCUUCCUCACCGCUGGCGGCUUCAGCAUCGCGCUGCGGCUCAUUGGGCAUGCACAGCGCGGCGAAGUCGUCACGGAGACACUCAUCCAGCGAUCCGGGCCACCACCCACGUUCGAUGGCAUCACGCUACCCCAGCCGUCAGGAAGCGGCUCCGUGCCCACUCGCACUGGUACCGGCUUUCCAGUUGCCGUUGAGAUCAAGGCCGAGGACCGUGCGCGCUACACGCGCAUCUUUGCAUCCGCUGGGCCGCAGAAUGGUGUCUUGGAUGGCGAAAAGGCCAAAGAGAUCUUUGUCAAGUCCAAGCUGUCGUUCGACAAGCUUGGUGCGAUCUGGAGCCUGGCCGACACGCGCUCGCGCGGCGCACUGGACCUGACCGACUUUAUCAUCGGCAUGUACUUCAUCCAGAACACGAUGAACGGCACGCUCAACUCGAUACCCGCUGCUCUGCCCGCCGGACUCUACGAGCAGGCCUCGGGCGGCGCGCCCUCCCCGGCACCGGGCUUCACCCAGUUUCCACCGACGAGCCCCGUCGCAGCGCAGCAUACAGGCGGCUCGCAGGGGCCCAUUUCGCGCCAGGUGACCGGCAUCCCGCGCCAGAUGACUGGCAGCCACUAUCCGCAAGCGGGGCAGCGGACGGGACAGAUCGGCAGCCCCGUGCCGUCGUUCCGUGGCGCCGUCCCCGGCCUCCCGCCCUCUUCGUCUUCUAUGACGACCAGCUUCAUCCAGCCGCAGCUGACUGGCGCUGCUGCUCUACAACGUCCUGCGCCUCCCCCGGCAUCCUACUUCUCCUCUGGGGCUCAGUGGGACGUCACGCCAGACGAGAAGGUGAGCUCGGAUCGCUUCUUUGAUGGCUUGGAUACCGCCAGAAAGGGCGAGCUCCACGGACAAAUUGUCGUGCCGUUCUUCAUGCAGUCCAAGCUCAACGAGACGGUCUUGGCACACAUUUGGGACAUGUCGGACAUCACGCAGAGUGGCUCACUCAGCAAGGACGAGUUUGCCGUCGCCAUGCACCUGAUCAACAAGCAGCUCGCUGGUAACGAUCUUCCGCCGACGCUGCCACGCAGCCUCGUGCCGCUGUCGCUGCGUAACCAGCAGUUGCCGCAGGCAGUCGAUCCGACGCAGAGCGGCACGCAGAAGGACCUUUUCUCCAUCAUGGACGACGAUGCAGAUGUGCUGGCCCUGCCAGUCUCGGCCGCCUCGGCCUUUGUGACCCCCACGCCUUCUGCGCCUCUCGCCGCCAGCAGAGGCGCCCCUGCACCUUUCUCGUCUUCGAGUGCCCCUGCCCCUGCGCCAGUGCCAGCCCCGGCAACGCCGCGUGUGGCACAGUCCACAGCUGCUUCUGCUGCUCCGUCGGGCUUUGAUGACGACUUUUUUAACAGCUCGCCGACAGUAAGCUCACCUGAGCGCAUCGGCGGCGCUGUCGUACUUGCUCAUACUGCUGCAGCUGACACGUCCGAGACGAGCAGACGCUUGCAGACGGCCGAGCAGGAGCUCGAGAGGUUCAACACGCAACGCAGCGCCCUCGAGACUACUGCUGCGCAGAACGCGACGUCCACCGCCGAGAUCGAGGCGCGCCUGACGUCAGUGAAGGCGACGCUCGAGACGGAGCAGAAGCUCGUGCAGGGGCUCGAGGAGAAGACUAAGGCGCAGAGGGCAGAACUCAAGAAGUUGCGCGAGGACCUGAUCCACGAGGAGAGCAGCCUCAGCGCGCUCAAGGCGGAGCGCGACGAGCUUGAGCAGGCGCUAAUGCGCGACCGCGAGGACGUCCGCGACGCCAAGAAGAAGAUGGCAGAAGUGCAAGCGCAUACUGCACAGCUGAAAGCGGAGCUGGAGAAGGUCAGGAAGGACGCACGCCAACAGAAGGGCAUGAACGCCAUCGCAAAGAAACAGCUGACCACGGCUGAGACGGAGCGGCAGAAGACAAGCGCGGAGCUGGAGGGUGCCAACGCUGGCGAGCCAGAGGAGGCGUCCGCUACUGCUGCCGUACCGCGAGGUGCUGGGAUGGCGCAAAGUCGCGAGGGUACGCUUAGUCCGAUGGAUAGCGUGAAGAGCACCAAUCCAUUCGAUCGCAGCAACACCGCCUCCGCCGAUGCUCCUGUCGAGCACGGCGGAUUCGUCAGAACAGCUACAGAUAUCACAACGGGCAAUGCCUUGGGCGGCGUGGCUGCUGCUUCAGGUGCGGAGCAUGACAGGCACGAUGGGAACCCGGUGGACAGCAGUGCGCUCCCUACUAUGACUACUGCUGCUGCCGCCGCCGCCGCGAGUAACGAUCCAUUUGGCGUCCCCGACGCCGAAGCUGCAGGCGAUGCGCAUUUCGGCCAGACCGCAUUCGAUGAUGCGUUCGGGGACUUCGAUGCUCCUGAGCAUGCAAAUGCAGCUGCCGUAGACGGUCACCCUCCUACGUCUGCUCCAGCAGCUUCGGAAACGACUUCCGCGCCGGUGGCCGCUGCUGCUUUCGACGACGACUUUGGCAACUCUUUUGACGCUGCUCGUGCCCCUGCACGUGCCGCUACUCCCCCUAACAUGACACUUGAACCGGAAGGGCAAGCGCAGAAGUUCGCUAGCAGCUCCAUCGCGUUCGACCAUGCCUUUGCCGACUUUGACAACCCCCAGCCUGCCACUGCCACUGCUGUACCCGCCAAUGCACAGCCUGCUACGGACGCGACUGUGUCAAAUGAGACAGGUACAGAAGAUUGCGAAUCGCACCUCUCUACUUCCGCGGCCCUGGUGGGCACUGGAGCUGUAGCAGCGGGGGGUAUUGCGGCGGGAGCUAGCGCGGUAUCUGCGACUCAUGACGACGAUCAAUCGUCGGACGAAGAUGAGGGACCAGAGGACCUCGAUCAGCCCUCGACUCGUCCCACCGGGAUGGAUUUGAGCAACGCGGGGGAUGAGGCGGGCCACAGCCGCGAGGCCAGUGCUGUUCAAACUCCAGGGGCCAGUGGCUCCAGCUCGGUAGGUGCGGAUGACCCCGAUCGAACACUGGACGUUGGUGACAUGAGCAAACAGAAGCUCACAGAGGCGGAUAGCUCUACAUCUGUUUUCGGGCCAGCGUCAGGCUCGCCUGUGCCUGAGGCAUCGCCUUUCGACGCUUCUCCAAGUGCACGCAGCAGUGUCGACCUGGACAGCUUCGAGGAUGCCGAGGGUGGUGACGACGCUCGUCCCCGGCAUGAGAAGUUUGCCACAGCUGUACAGCCGACGGAAGAGGCCACGACACCUGGUGCCACUUCUCCUGCCCCUGUAGCUUCUGGUAUUCCCGGCGGCGAUGCCACCACGAGCCCGGCUGCAUCGGUCAAGGCGCGAAGGGCCCCUCCUCCAGCACCGCAACGCGCGCCCACCGCGUUAUCCUCCAUACCCGGUACAGCUACUUCUUCCGCCUUCGGCGACGAUGCCUUCGCGGACGCGCUCACGACGCCAGUAAAUACGACGUCUCAACUUCCCGAAAUUUCGUCAGCCGCGCCAGCCGUGACCAAGCAGCCUGUACAACUCGCUCUUGACGAGUUCGAAUCUGCUUUUAACGAUCUCGGCCCCGCCAUGCCGGUCAGCGCAAGCGGCAGCGCAGCACAAAGCUCUGCUGCUCCAGCCUCGACAGGCUUUGACGAUGCGUUCGACACGGACUUUUUCUUUGUGCCUUCAUUCCGCACGGUGGCGACGCCUUCCGCUGCGCCUGCGGCUGCGCCAGCGACCAACGCGCCUAGCAACCCACCUGGAGACUUCCCAGGUGCUUCGAAUAGCGCGGUCUCCGAGGCUUUCGCUGACUUUGACUCGGCUUUCCCCUCCGCGCCGACCGUUGCGAAUGCAUCAUCAGGAUCUUUGGCCCCUGCCUUCUCGUUCGACGAUGCGUUCGAGCCGGAAGGCCAACAAAUGGGCGCCAGCACAGGCGCUCCCGCGGUGCCGCCACGUAAGGCCGACGCCCCUGCUGCCCGCAACAGCACGCACUCUUCGGCCCUGCCAGACGACGCGGGCCCAGUGAAACAGCUCACCGCGAUGGGCUUUGCGCGACACCAAGUGAUCACGGCAUUGGAGAAGUCAAACUAUCGCACAGAUCGGGCACUCGAAAGGCUGCUAGCGGGCAAGUAAAAUUCAGAAGCCAGAAUUUGUCUAUUGAAACCGUGUGAAUGCCAAAGUAUGAUACAAAGCAGUGUGUAGCAACUAAGGGACAGCAUAGUGCGGAAUUCCGCAAUUACCUGAGCACGAUGGCUUCGCCCUCGCUUUGAUUUGGCCACACCAGUCAUUGUCCUGCAACCAUCCAUGCCUGCUCGCGGUCCUCCACCGGAUUAAUCGCUUCCCGCGCACCUUGGCCUCGUCCGGGUGCAUUUCUAAAGAGCUCUUUGAAGC